GAUGCCACCUGCUUUCUUUGCUGUGACAGCUCUAGCGAAGCUAUAAAUUAGAGUUUAUAUGGCAACAUUAAUUGUUUAUUGACAAGACUAAUGACAGACGGCGGGGUCUCGAGCGAAGGCAGCUUACUUUAAUUUACGGAUUUUUUGACUUAUUAAGUGGAUUAUUUCCAUAUUUAUUCGUUAUUUAAGUGAAAAUGUGGAUUAUGGAUGCCCUUUAACAAUUCGCGCACGUUCCUGCGUGCAUAUAGUGCUAUAAAAUGUAUAUUCGGUGUAUGUUAGGAGCCAUUUUUAUUAUAUUUAUUUUGUGCGUUCAUUGUGAUAAUGCAGCUAAUUACAACGAAAGCAAGGAAAUUUACGUUCCGUCCGCGCCACAGAACCUAACCGCGAAGGCAGUGACAUCGGAGGACAUCCACCUCUUCUGGGCCCCGCCGAACAACUUCACCCGCCACCCCGAACCGAAGAGAGAGGUCCAGGGAGACCAACCGGCGCAAUUCGACUGGUACAAGAAAGACCAGCUCAAGUAUAAUGAUGAGUUCUCGUCGUUGGACAUUUUGAACGGCAUGCGGAAACGAGACCUGCGCUCGCAUAGGCAUAGGAAGCGUCGCCAAGAUAACGCCACAGAGCACAACAUUCACUCGGAACACACGGACGGUAUAGACACACAACUCGACAUAGAAAUCGUAAAGAAGUCGUUCACACCGGCGUACCCGCAUAAGGACGCCACGCAAAUCGCCUAUGUCCUUUAUUACGAGCAGGGAGAGCCAAAGGCUGACGCGGCGCCGGUAAUCGGCGUCCCUAGCUCCGCUGAUGUGAAGAAGAUGAAUUAUUUCCCUAGUGAUCUGGGGAUGGCGGACUAUUCGACCAAGACUAGGAAUCUGACGCUGCUCAAUACGGCUGGGAAGCUGAGGAAAGUCGUCGGGUUUAAGUUGAGGAACUUAAAACCCUUCACUCCCUACAAGAUCUGGGUGCGAGCAUUCUACAGUUUCUCACUAGAUGGCGUCAAGUCGUCCGACCUUUUAGAGCGUUUGGGCGACGCGUCGACGCCUUUAUACGUCCUUACUGACGUCAAACCGCCGUCAGCCCCGAUCAUCAUGAACCUCACCUGCGACCAGCCCAAUGGUGUCCUGUACCUCCAAUGGCGACAACCUCUCGAGUACAACAACACCUUGGACCAGUACGUGGUGACCUUGAGGAAGAUACCCGAACUGCAGCCGCGAACCAGGCUCAAACUGCCCACCAGCAAGGCCGACAUCGAAACUACCAUCAGUGUCUCUGUGGAGCUGUGGAACGCUACUCGCUACGAAGUCAAGAUAUACGCAGUCACGCUGUCCGUGGCAAGUCCCUUGCUUCUAAUCAACGGGACCACUUCCGAACCUAAGGAGGUUUCCCCCGAGUGGUGCCAAGUCCACCCCGAGGCGCGAGCUCCGAGCGACCAGUUAGAGCAGUCCGCCAUGAGCGCCGCCAUCCUCGGCGCGGGCGCCAUCGCAUUGCUCGCCUGCGUCGGCGCUGCCCUACUCUACUGGAGGUGCAGGUCCCGUCUAAGCAAGUGCAUCAGUGCCGCCUAUAACUACCUCGAGGAAGGCGGCGAAAGAGCCGCCAGAGCGCCGUUAAACUCAUACAAGAAACCUGUGGUAAAUUGCUCCCCACUGCGGCCCGCGGGUUCCCCCACACCGACCGGGCCGGAGAGUUCCGCCAAGCCGCCGCGCAUCGGCGGCGCGCAGCACCCUGUGGUUUGCGCCAGGGACUUCCCGAAGCAUGUGGCUGCGUUACACGCUGAUGGAGAUAUCGGAUUCAGCAAAGAGUACGAGGUAGUGGUUGCAAAAUCUGCUGCUCUCGGUCACACAAGUCACUAUAGCCAUCGGCCGGAGAACCGGCUCAAGAACCGUUAUUUGAACAUCACUGCAUACGACCACUCCCGCGUGUGCGUGUCGUCGGGCGCGCGCUGCGGCGCGGCGGGCUGCGCGGGGGCGGGGGCGGGGGCGGGGGCGGGGGCGCAGUGCGGCUACGUCAACGCCAACUUCAUCGACGGCAUCCGCGACCAGCUCGACGCCAACACCAGGCGGAAGAUCGAGCGCAAGAUACGCAGACAACCAUCAAUAAAACCGGCCAAGCCGCCGCCCAUAGUCGCGGAAGGCAUCGAGAGCGCGUUCCUCAACAUCGAGUUCUCCGGAAUCGUGGAGAGCGAGCAGAGCGAUAGCGAUAGCGAGCGAAGCGAUAGCGACCCGGAGCUCGACGACGUUUAUGUCGACGUUGAUGGUGUCCCAACACGAGUGAAGCUAGAGUGGCUGGUAUGGAAGCGGCGCUACAUAGCGACUCAAGGCCCCACCCCGCACACGCUCGACGCGUUCUGGCGUAUGAUCUGGCAACACAAAGUCCACACUGUCGUCAUGAUCACCAACUUAGUUGAACGAGGGCGGCGCAAAUGCGACAUGUACUGGCCGGGCGGCGGUCGGGGCAGCUCCGCGGAGUUCGGCGGCGUGCACGUUACUCUGCUACACGAAGACGUCCGUGCCGCCUACACCGUGCGACAUCUGCGGGCUAAGAACAACAAUCCUAAAUCGGAUAGCGAGCCAGCAAGUCCAGUGAACGAAGCCGAUGCGGCCGGCCGUAUCAUAGUCCAAUACCAUUACACAGUGUGGCCUGACCACGGCACACCGCGGCAUCCGCUCGCGGUGUUACCUUUCGUGAAAGCCGCCGCAGCUGACCCCGGCACAGUGCUGGUGCAUUGCAGCGCGGGCGUCGGACGGACAGGCACGUACAUAGUCCUCGACGCGCAACUCAACCAACUCAAGCUCACCGGAACCCUAAGCCCCCUAGGGUUCCUCUGUCGCGCGCGCACCCAACGGAACCACCUCGUCCAAACCGAAGAACAGUACGUGUUCGUCCACGACGCGCUACUCGAACACGUCCGCUCAGGAAACACGGAAGUCGAGUUCUCCAAAGCGAGGGAAUAUCUAGUCAAACUACUCCAACCUAUCUCCGAGGACGAGCUAGCCGUUUUAGACCUUAAACCUACCAAGCAAAAGAGCGCUAAUGAUCUAACAAAUGGAAUAGAAAACGGCGAGACAGCCAGCUUGAAAUCUAGUAAAGAAGUAAGCGAAAAUAACGCGGAAAACGGCAGUCAACUCUCUAUAAAGACUGAAGAUUUGAACAGUGAGCAAAGUAAGAGUGUUAAAGAAGAUGAUGGGAGUAAAGAGGUGAUGGUGAAUGGGGAUGAAAGUGAAGGGGUGUACGAUUUGGCGCCGAGGUCGACGGACACGUACAGUAAGAAGAUGCAGGCGUAUAAUAAUAUGACUGAUCAAGAAAAGGAGGAGAUGAGGAGGGCGAACCGAGUGGAAAAUUACGCGUUGCUAGAGCGCAUGCGGUCUCUAGCGAACCGGAAUCAAACUUAUCAGGGCCCGCCGCCGGUCAAUCUACUCGAGAAACAGUUCUUGCUAAUAACGCGGUCGUGCGUGGACGCAUCCGUGUCUGCGCGGGCGCCACACAAUUUGGACAAGAACCGUCCUGGCGCCGCGCUGCCGUCCGACACGGCGCGAGUCAUGCUCGUGCCUAAACCCGGCGUCGAAGGAAGCGAAUACGUGAACGCGUCAUGGGUCUGCGGUCGGCGGCGGUUGCGAGAGUUCGCCGUCACGCAACACCCUCCCCCCGACGCCGCGCCCGAACUGUGGCGGUUACUAUGGGACCAUACCGCCCAGCUGGUUCUACUAUUGCACUCGCCAUCCGACCCGGAAUGCGAAACGUUCUGGCCCACCGAAGACGAAAAGGAACUGUUUGUCGCCAACUUCAGAGCGAGCUUCGUUUCCAAGGACACCUACGUGGCCCACCGGAAAACCAGCCGGAAACCGACCCCUAAGGACACCCCCGCCGAACCGGAAACCAACGGCUACCGCCGGCAGGAGUCAGACUGUGCCGACGACGAAAGACUAAUACCAGAAAACGGCUCCCCAGUAUCAGACGUAGAACCCGCCUACCGCUUCGACAGAACGGAACUCAGACUCGAGCGCCUCAGUACCGGAAACAGAGACCUAUCCGCCCGGAAAUCCAUAGCGAACGGCGACCUAUUCUCCUCGGAAAAGAAAUCCGGCCCAAAAUCACCUAAAAGUCCCUCGAAAAUGUCGCUCAAAAACUUCAAGUUGAGCUCCCCUACUAAAUUCAAGUUCCCUGAUUGGGGAUCACGCACGGCCGGCUCCCCUCCCGACGUAGCCCCGCCCCCACCGCCUGUGGCGCCCUCUCUAACUGUCGAAGAAGAGGCGGAGUUAAGGCGGCCAUGUUACAGGUUCGAAAAGGUCGAAAGCGUUCCAGAGAACACUCCUUCAGAUCGAAUAAUAGAAGUGACUAACGUCAGCGUGCAUUCAUUACAAGACGAUUACCAAUUAAGUGUUAAGUUUAUACAGUGCUCCGGUUGGCUAGAUGGCGAUACCACGGAGUAUACGCAAGGAAAACCUGAGGAGAACGAGUUUGUUAGAGCAGUGCGGGACGCUGUCAGUGAGAGCGAGAGGGAGGAAGCUGUGGAUAGGCUUGUAGCGCCGUAUAGGGACUCGUUCGCGUUGAUCGAGUUCGUUGCGGGCUGCCAAAUGGAGUACAAAAAUGGGCCGGUGGUUGUGGUUGACAAAUUCGGUUCCUGGAAGGCGAUGUCGUUCUGCACGCUGAGCGCGGCGUGCGGCGGCGCGCGCGCCGGCACGCUGCCGGACGCGGCGUUCCGCGCCGCCGCCGACGACUGCGCCGACGUGUACUGCUGCGCCGCGCUCGCCGCGCACGCGCGCUGCGCCACGCCCGGCGGCCCGCCGCCGCACUCGCGCGGCGCGCUGCUCAGGCAGUACUGCGCGCUGGCCGCUUAUGAUGUCGCGGACAGCUGAGCCAGGUCGUCCAGAGAAAACUCAGCAUCGGACAAUAGCAAGUGAAUACUCAGUGCGUCGCGCCCGUACGUACAUAGCGUUACAUUAUGUAUAGUACCGUGUAUUGUAUAUCUUAACGGAAUGUAUAAAUGGUAUAUGUACCUUCCGAGUCGAUUUGACGAGACAUUCAAUUUUAAACUCUGUCGCAUUGAGAAUUAAACCCAAUUUAAAACAAGUUACGCAACAGGGUUUGAAAUUAAAUGGUUUUUUGUUGACUGUAUAGUAUCGAUGUCUUGAUAGUAUUCUUAUAGGCAGCUAAGUUGGCAAUACUGACCAAUUAGUUUAAAAACCGGUUUUCUGUUCUACACUGUUAGUUCCCUACAUAGAGUAUGGAUGUAUGUAUGUUAGUGUUUUAAGACUGGAUUUCUGUGGUUCAAAAAUUCAAGUUUAACUAUAGAGGGCAGACGGGUGUGUAAAAUAGUUUAUUUUUAAGAUUAGAUGUAUUUUUACGAAAGCUACUCAUUGUAUACG